CUCCUCGCUUUACGGCGGUGGAGCGCGCACGUUAGCAAUCGUAAGGCGACUGGUGGAUUUUGGCGGGAAAAGCUCCGUUUUUUGGAUUCCUCCGGCUAGGGCAGCAGCGGCAGCGGCGGCUGCUUCUUGGUGCUGGUAGAGCCAUGGCUGUGCCCUUUGUGGAAGACUGGGAUUUGGUGCAAACCCUGGGAGAAGGUGCUUAUGGAGAAGUUCAGCUUGCUGUGAAUAGGCGAACAGAAGAAGCAGUUGCAGUAAAGAUUGUGGACAUGAAACGUGCCAUAGAUUGUCCAGAAAACAUUAAGAAAGAGAUUUGCAUCAAUAAAAUGUUAAAUCAUGAGAACAUAGUGAAAUUCUAUGGUCAUCGGCGAGAAGGCAAUAUUCAGUAUCUGUUUCUGGAGUACUGCAGUGGGGGAGAACUCUUUGACCGAAUAGAGCCUGACGUGGGUAUGCCUGAACAAGAUGCUCAGAAGUUCUUCCAUCAGCUUAUGGCAGGGGUGGUAUAUCUUCAUGGUAUUGGAAUAACCCAUAGAGAUAUUAAGCCUGAAAAUCUUUUACUAGAUGAAAGAGAUAACCUUAAAAUCUCAGACUUUGGCUUAGCAACUGUAUUUCGGCAUAAUAAUCGUGAACGUUUAUUAAAUAAAAUGUGUGGCACUUUGCCAUAUGUUGCCCCAGAACUGCUUAAGAGGAAAGAAUUCCAUGCAGAACCAGUUGAUGUGUGGUCGUGUGGAAUAGUACUUACUGCAAUGCUGGCUGGAGAAUUGCCAUGGGAUCAACCCAGUGACAGUUGUCAGGAGUAUUGUGACUGGAAAGAAAAAAAAACAUAUCUCACACCUUGGAAGAAAAUUGAUUCUGCCCCAUUAGCCUUGCUGCAUAAAAUUCUAAUUGAGAAUCCAGGAUCAAGAAUUACAAUAUCAGAUAUUAAAAAAGACAGAUGGUAUACUAAGGUACUUAAGAAAGGUGCAAAAAGACCUCGAGUUUCUUCAGGAGGAGUAUCAGAUUCCCCAGGUGGAUUUUCUAAGCACAUACAAUCAAAUUUGGACUUCUCACCUGUUAAUAGUGCUCACAGUGAAGAAAAAGUGAAGUACUCUAGCUCUCAACCAGAGCCACGAACUGGUCUUUCUUUGUGGGACAGUAGUCCCUCUUAUAUUGAUAAAUUGGUACAAGGAAUCAGUUUCUCCCAACCUGCGUGUCCUGACCACAUGCUGCUGAACAGUCAGUUACUUGGCACCCCAGGUUCUUCACAGAAUCCUUGGCAGCGUUUGGUCAAAAGGAUGACACGAUUCUUUACCAAAUUGGAUGCUGAUAAGUCCUAUCAUUGUCUGAAGGAAACUUGUGAGAAAUUAGGGUAUCACUGGAAGAAGAGUUGUAUGAAUCAGGUCACAGUAUCAACCACUGAUAGAAGAAACAAUAAACUGAUUUUCAAAGUGAACUUGGUAGAAAUGGACGAGAAGAUCUUAGUGGACUUCCGGCUAUCUAAGGGUGAUGGUUUGGAGUUCAAGAGGCAUUUCCUGAAGAUUAAAGGGAAGCUGAGUGAUGUGGUGAGCAGCCAGAAAAUAUGGCUACCUGCCACAUGAUCCAUACAUGCUGGGUAGGCCCAGUGAAUGCAGUGCUGCUAUGUUGACACUAUUCUUCCAAGCGAAGCUUACACUGUUUUACAGACCUCAAAUCUCAAGUAACAAUUCCUGAGGAGUUGUCUCUUUCCUUUCCCAACCAAGUUCUUCUAAUUCUUAUUGUUUAAAAAAGUUCUUUUUUAUAUAGAACCAUAUCAAAACACAUUUUUCAGACUAUCAAAGAAUAAGCAUGUAUAUUUGAUUUGUAAAGAAAACUUUGGGGAAGGGAUUGGACAAGAGGUUCUUCAACAAAACAUUUGUUGAAUUAGAGAUUGACUGUACACAAACCAAAUUUUGAGAAUAAAUAAGUCCAUUUAUCACACUAGUAUGUGCAUGUAUUUGGUUGUCAGAAAAUUUGAGAUUUUUCUGGACACCAUAAUUCCUGAAUGUAUUAGUAAGAACUUCUAUAUUUUUGGCUAGGGAAAUAAAUUCAUCAAUAUGUAAAGCAAUCUUUAUUUGGUGAAAUAUAUUCAUAUUCUUACACUUAACUUUUCAAAAGUGCCUCUCUGAAUAUGUAAACUUGGUUGUCUCUUUAAACCUACUUAAUGCUGCCAAUUAAAAUGUGAUGGUUGGGAUUAUUUGAUAAAGUUAAAUAGCAUGGGAUUUUUGUUUUUCAGCAUUAUAAUUUAUAAUCUGGAAAGUAUUGGUUGGUGUUUUCAUAUAAAGGUUGAGAAUAAGCCUCUACUCUAGUGCAGCUUUCAAUUUCAUUUUGCUCUUGCACAUCCUAAAUACUCUGGGUUAAUUUAACACAUAGAUAUAUAUUUUUUAAUCUAUCAUUACAAUUAUAAAAUAUCUUCAAAAAGCCAAAUUUUCAGGUACUCUGAAGAACACUGAUGACCAACCCUUGUAAGUGAGGAGGAAUAAAAACUGGGAAAACAUAGGGUUGGAACUGAUAGAAAUGAACUUUUCCUACAACUCUGACUUUUAUGAAUUUGUUCCCAUAGCACAGGUUUUUUUUUGGACUUGCUUUCUCUAUAUUUGAAGAAAAAAAGUUUAUUUGCAGUUAUUAUUGUUUAUUUCUGGCUAGCCAUCCAGUUGUGAAUAAAAUAUUAGGAGUAAUUUGUACUACUUUGUAAAUUUAAUAAAGUAUAAACUUAAUAUAAAUUCUUUGAACUAUUUAUUGGAUUCUUUCCCUGUGAUAAUUCGUAGGUUUUUGUAAUGUCUUCCAUCUACAGACAUCCUUCAUUUUAAGUUAAAUUUGUUGUAUUCAUUCUUUGUAUUUGCAGAUAUUUCUUUUAGAAAUUUUGAUUGCUAUUUAUUUCUAUUUAUUAAAUGCCUAUAUGUAUGA